AGUAUUGGUAGUGUUAAAGGGCCAACACAAAAAGGUCCACUUGAUGUUUUUCUUAAAGACCCAGAAGUUAAUGUGUUGAAAAGUAAGGGCAAAGGAAAGCAAACAAGGUUGGGUGAGCAUGAUUUUGCAAAAAAAGAGUUAAGAGCUUGAGUUUGUAGAAGCUUUGCACGAUGGAUGUAUGAUGCAGGCAUUCCAUUCAAUGCAGUGACAUAUGACAGUUUUAAAGUAUUUAUAGAAGCAGUUGGUCAGUAUGGUCCGGGUGUGAAGCCGCCUAGUUACCAUGAAGUCAGGGUUCCCCUUCUCAAACAAGAGGUGGAAGCCACUCGUGAAAUGAUGAAAGAUCAUGAAGAGGCGUGGGCCAAAUAUGGAUGUUCCAUUUUGUCAGAUGGCUGGAAAGACAAGAGGGAAAGGACAUUGAUUAACUUUUUAGUCAAUUCUCCUAAAGGAAGUAUGUUCUUGGAGUCUGUUGAUGGUUCUAGCUAUUCAAAGACUGGGGAAAAGAUGUUUCAAUUAUUAAGUAAAUGUGUGGAAAAGAUUGGAGUAAGAAAUGUGGUGCAAGUGGUCACCGAUAGUGCUUCAAACAAUGUUUUAGCAGGAAGAUUUUUGGAGGCAAAAUAUCCUACGUUGUUUUGGACACCAUGUGCAGCGCACUGUUUGGAUUUAAUGUUGGAAGAUAUUUUCAAGUUACCUAAUAUGAAGAAGACAUUUGAGAGAGCUGUUAUGGUGAAUAGCUAUAUCUAUACUCGUUCGGGUCUAGUAAACAUGCUUAGAAGGUUUACUGACAAGAAAGAGUUGUUGAGGCCUGCAAAAACACGGUUUGCAACUGCCUUUAUCACUUUGGGCAGGAUGCAUAGUCUGAAAAGCAACCUUAGAUGGAUGUUUACCUCCGAGGAGUGGAUGACAAGCAAGUGGGUAAAAGAAGCGGGGGCUAAAAAGGUUGUAGAAGUGAUUUUGAUGCCUUCAUUUUGGAACAAUGUUGUAUUUGCUUUAAAGGUGGCUGGUCCAUUGGUGCGUGUAUUGUGCUUAGUGGAUGGUGAGAAGAAGCCUGCUAUGGGAUACAUAUAUGAGGCCAUGGAUAGGGCCAAAGAAGCGAUUGCUAACUCUUUUAAUGGGGAUGAAAAGAAGUAUGCACCCAUUUUUCAGAUUAUUGAUAAUCGAUGGGAUGUUCAGCUUCAUCGCCCCUUGCACGCAGCUGGUUGGUACUUGAACCCAGAAUAUUUCUACAAGGCUGAACGUAUAGAUCCAGAGAUCAUGACUGGUUUAUAUGAAUGCAUUAGAAAGUUAAAUCCAGAUAUAAAGGUUCAAGACCAAAUUGAUGCUGAGCUUUCGAUGUAUAACAAUGCAGAUGGGUUCUUUGGAAACUAUAUGGCUAUUAGAAAGAGAGCUGAGAAAUCACCAGGUACACAUAUAUAUAUAUAUUACAUUAUAUAUAUAAUCAUUCUAGAUAAUAGAUAAUAACUAACCCAUGAAUUUUAUUGGACAGCUGAAUAGUGGGCUUCAUAUGGAAUGUCAACACCCACGUUGCAAAAAUUUGCAAUUAAAAUUCUUAGCUUGACUUGUAGUUCAUCUGGGUGUGAACGUAAUUGGAGUGUGUUUGAAAAUGUAAGUGCAUUGUACAUAUACACUUACAAUUUUUAUUAGUAGUUGGUUUGUUUCAUGUAACUUAUUCUUAGUAUGUUUUUGCAUAAAUUGUUGCAGCUUCAUACUAAACGGAGAAACAGGCUUGAUCAACUUCGUUUAAAUGACUUGGUGUUUCUGAAAUACAAUAGAGCAUUGAGGCGUCGAUAUCAAAUGCGUGAUACCAUUGACCCUAUCAUAUUGACCGACAUUGAUGAAAGCAAUGAAUGGUUGACUGGAAAACUUGAUGAGGAGAAUGAUAAAGAUGAUGAAACUGUUUUUCCAGAUGACAUUGGGUAUGGGUUGACAUGGAGUAAUGUUGCUGCGGCUACAGGAGUUGGAGAGCCUAGUUAUCAAUUUAGAACUAAACAAACUCGAUCACAAUUGGGAUCAACUUCGGUUUCGACUUCAAAGCGGCGAGUAACUCAAGAGAUUGAAGAGGAGGAAAGUGAGGCAGGGACCGAAGAUGAUGAAGACUUGGAAGAGGGAGAAGAAUUGAGAGAUGAAGAAGAAGAUGAAGGGGUGAUUGAAGGGGAUGAUGAAGAUAUUGACCUUGAUGUUGAUGAUCUCCUUGAUGAUGAUUGAUUAAAAAUUUUUUUUAUAUUGAUUGUGGACUUGUAGUGUUUAUGUGUUUGUUUAGAACUUUGCAUUAUAAUUGGUACUUGGUAAAGUUUAAGACUUUAAGUUUGAACUUUGAUGAUGUUUCUAGUUUAGAAUUUGCAUGAUGAAUGAAUUAACUUUGAUGUUGUUAGUUUAUAGAAUUUGAAGAUAAUGAAUCAUGAAUGAUAUGAAUGUGUUAUUAUUGA